AUGAGCACCACCUCGACCAUCGUGCUAGAACCUCCGCUGACGGCGGCCACAAAGGGCGGCCUCGCGACACCGGGGACGGCCACCUAUCCACCCACACCCUCGCCGGCACCUUCGAUCGCGCCCUCUGCUCAGCCUCUGACCGACAUCGAGCACAUCCCGGUCCACGAUGAUCCUCGGCGGUGGAGCGCGGCAUGGAAGUGGACGACGCUCGCCAUCCUCUCCUGGGCCGCCGCCAUGCCGGCCAUGGCAGCCAACAUCUGGUUCCCCGCCCUCAGCCAGAUCCAGGACGACCUCAAGACGAGCGAGGCGCUCAUCUCGGCCACUGUGUCGCUCUACAUUCUCGUGCAGGGCAGCAUGCCGCUGCUGUGGUCGCCCAUCUCGGACCUCUACGGGCGCAAGGUCUGCUUCCUCAGCGGCAUGACAAUGUACACGAUCGCCUCGGCCAUCGCGGCCGCCACGCCCACCAUGGCCGGGCUCAUGGCGGCUAGGCUGAUCCAGGCCGCCGGGUCGAGCACCGUGCUCUCGAUUGCCGCAGGGAGCCUCGCCGAGAUCUUUGACCCGCAGGAACGCGGCAGCAAGCUCGGCAUCUACUACGCCGCACCGAUCCUGGGACCGGCCAUUGCGCCCAUCAUCGGCGGUCUGCUGACGGAAGCUUCGAGCUGGAGGACCUCGUUCUGGUUCGUCGCCGGGUGCGGAGCAUCAAACGUCGUCUCGUUCGUCUUCUACAAGGACACCUACCGGCGCGAGCGUAGCGCCGUGUGGCAGGUGGCUCUCGCGCGUCAAGCGACCGAGUCCUUGCCAGCGGCUGGCCGUCUCGACCACACGUAUCAGCCGCCGCGGUCGCGGAAGGUCCGUCCGCGCUUCGCCGAGCUCUCGCCGCUCGCCUCUGCCGGGCGCGUGCUGUCGAAGCCACACAACCUCAUCAUCCUCACGCUGAGCGGCCUCGUGUUUGCGUCCAACUACACGCUCAACUUUGCCGCCACGCGCACCUUUUCCGCUGCGCCCUACAACCUGUCGCCCAUCCAGGUUGGUGCCAUCCUGCUGACCAUGGGCAUGGGCGGCGUGGUGGGCUCGUUGGUGGGAGGGUGGUACUCGGAUCGCUGUGUGCGGUCGACGUUCAGCGAGGAGACUGGCAUCGAUCCCGAGCAGCGGCUGCGGUCCAUACGCGUGCCUCUAGCCAUCUGCCCCAUCUCGAUGGUGGCCUUUGCCUGGGUCACGAGCCAGCAGUUGCACAUCAGCAUCAGCUGCGUCGCCCUCUUUGUCGUCGGUCUGGCCCAGAAUUGGGCCUACAGCGCUAGCCUGUCGUACAUCCUCGACACGAAUCCGGGGCGAACGACGGGCACGGUGGCGUGCAACUCGCUCUUCCGCGGCCUGAUGGCGUGUAUCGGCUCCGCAGUCACUAGCCCUCUGCAACAGUCGAUCGGCAUCGGCGCCAUGUUCACCGGCUGGGCCGUCCUGGUCACGGUCGCCACGGCGUUUGCCAUGAUGCUCAUGAAGCGCGGGAAGCAGUGGCGCGACAAGGAAUGGAAGAAGCCCGCCAGGCGGUCGUAG